AUGGGGCAUGCCCACUUCUGCCAGCAGCUUUUCCAGGUCGAUGUGGGCCGUGACAGCGAGGUCAAGCGGAUCAGCAAGGUGCAGCAGUUCUUCGACACCCAACACGAGGGGUAUGUCACUGACGAGCCGCGGCUCAUCCAGGACACCACCCAGUCGGAGUUGGACUACAUCGCUGCCAGGGCGAUGGAGGCACAGCUUGCCGAAGAGGCAGGCAGCGUUGGUGGCGUGGAGGACAAGGUCGCGGCGGCCGCGAAGGAGGAGGAGCUCGCCCGGGACGCGGAGACGCUGGCCCAAAGGGUAAAGAGGGCCAAGGGCUCGGCAGGCGGCCAGUCCCCGGCUGAUCCUCUCUCGGCGGACCGGGAGGACCUGGACACCGUCAUCGAGGACUUGGCCAAGAACGCCGCGGCGGAGGCCGAGAAGAUCGCCGCCGAGGAGGCCGCCAGGGGCGCCGCGGAGGACGCCGCCCAAGGGCCUGCCCAGGAGACGGCGGAGGGCUUGGCCGCAGCAGCCGAGGCCGCCCGGACCCAGCACCAGACCGCGCUGAUCUCCCAGGAGGAGGACCUCGCCAAGCGCGAGGUGGACCUCGACGCCAAACUCUGCGCCAAGGACAAGGAGGGCCCAGGAAGGGACCUGACCAAAAACCUGGAGACCAAGAAGCAGCUACGGAAGAACGAGGCCCUCAACUUCAAGGAGCACGUGGAGCGUGAGCGCCAACUACAGCCUGACCCUGUUCUUUGA